CCAUUAGUCUAUGACCAUAAAACAGAAGACAGCCCAACAAGUAUACAAUACAUUUACUCAAAUAGAAAGGUUAUGAAAUGUUAACCAAUGAUAAUGGAAAUACAUUUAUUUAAAACAACAACAUCCCUAUUAAAUAAAAGUCUUACAUUUCACCACCACAAACAAUGUAUUCAAACGGAAAACUUUUUUGGACACAGCAAUACAGGAAAAUGAAACACUCUUCACUAACUUGCUCUUGCUUUGAGUCAAAGUUUAUUGUCACUUCACCUAUUGGAGAUAUUAAGAUUGUGAGCUGCUCUGAAGGUUUACACUCUGUUUCUUUUAGUAAUGAUGACAGCCUACAAAUCACUCCAGAUAAACACAUUCCUGUACUUGCUAAGUCAAACUCCUCCAAUAUAACAGAAUGUAGUCCAGCAGAGAAAUGCUACCAAUGGUUAAAAAACUUUUUUUCUUUAAGGAAAGCUGAUCCAGAUAUCCCACCAUUAUGCCAAUUUGUUAUGAAACCAGAUACUUUCUGCAGUAAAGUUCUGCAGUGUCUACCUGCUGCUGCUCCAUUCGGUACUACCAUAAGUUACAAAGAUUUGGCUCAUCUUUGUGGCAAUGUCAAGGCCAGCAGAGCUGUCGGACAUGCCAUGUCAAGCAAUCCAUUUAUCCUCAUCAUUCCUUGUCACAGAGUCAUUUGUUCCAAUGGGGAAGUUGGGAAUUAUGCUAAAGGCAGGAGAAACACAGUAAAACAAUGGCUUCUCAAUUUCGAAAAGGAGUCUUAAUUUUAUUUUAUAUUGGAAUUCAAUUUAUUACUUGUGUUGCACAUUGUUAAUUCUGCAUUUUUCUGUUAUUGCUCUGCUUCUGUCAUUGUUCAACAAUAAUAAAAAAUAUUUAUUAUUUGAUUAGAUUUGAACUAUUCUUGAAAGAAAUGAAAAUAAAUAAAUUCACAAUUGACUUUUUUCUACUCACUAAAA